GCCCGGGGCGGAGUUAUUUGGACCUGAGACCCGCCCAUAAUACUGCAGCCUCUCGGAAAGAACCGUUCGGGGCGGAAGUUAAGAAUCCCCGAGAGCUAGGUGGCGGAAGUGGCCGCGUUCCUGCUUGUCCGUGCGCAUGCGUUAUUCUGUUUCUUAGCCGCCGCUCUUCAAGUGCUGUCUUUUCCUUUCUCCUCUCUUUUCGUCCACGCGAGGGGGUGCGCGUACCCUUAGUUGUCGUGGUCGCGCGCUCAGCCCCUCCGCUAUUUUCGUGGCCCCCUCACCAUGGCGGGCAUCCUGUUUGAGGAUAUUUUUGAUGUAAAAGACAUUGACCCGGAGGGCAAAAAGUUUGACCGAGUGUCUCGACUGCAUUGUGAGAGUGAAUCUUUCAAGAUGGACCUCAUAUUAGAUGUAAACAUUCAGAUUUACCCUGUAGACUUGGGUGACAAGUUCCGGUUGGUCAUAGCCAGUACUUUGUAUGAAGAUGGUACUCUGGAUGAUGGUGAAUACAACCCUACAGAUGAUAGGCCUUCCAGGGCUGACCAAUUUGAGUAUGUAAUGUAUGGGAAAGUGUACAGGAUUGAGGGAGAUGAAACUUCUACUGAAGCAGCAACACGCCUCUCUGCCUACGUGUCCUAUGGGGGCCUGCUCAUGAGGCUGCAGGGUGAUGCCAACAAUCUGCAUGGAUUUGAAGUGGAUUCCCGAGUUUAUCUGCUGAUGAAGAAACUGGCCUUCUGAACCACCCAGGGAGCCAGCCUUGCUGCUUAGUCACUCAGGUCAUGGACGUUCGUUCAAGCCCGAGUGGCAGUUGCUGUUGUUCACCUGUUCAGGAGGGGCUGGCUCUCUGUCCACUGUGGGUGCAUCUUUAGGAGGUCUGGACUCAAUGGGAAACUGACUUGCCUGCAAAAGACCAAGUGGGAGAGCUUAAAAUGAAUCAGAAGUUGUUUUAUGUAUAUGAUUUUUUAAAUUAAACUUUACUUUUUCAGA